AUGGAGCGCUUUAUCGAAGCCGUGCGACAGUACCCGUGUAUAUGGAACAUAAACGACAAGGAUUAUCGCCAUGGGGACAAAAAAGAAACAGCUUGGAACGAAAUUGUGGGUUUAAAUAUACCUGAAAUAAAAGACACUAAAAUAGCGAAAUCCGAGUGGAAAAAAUUAAGAGACAAUCACCGAGAUAGCCUCAAAAGACAAAAGAGCGGCAAAACAGGCCAGGCUGCUUCUUCUGUGAAUACUUGGAAAUAUGCACAAAUUAUGGAAUUUUUGAUUCUUUAUAUGAAAAAUCGAGAAAGAUCUACUAAUUUAACAAACUCACAGCCUACUCAGAAUACCAACACUGAACAAUCCACACAAGACUCCGGCAAUGAACCAUCCGGCCAUCACACUACACAAGUUUCUUCGUAUGAAGAACAAUCGACUACGUCGAUUGUAGCAGAUAAUGCAUCAGAAGAAGUAGAAAGUACACCACAAACUCAACCAACACGAAAGAGAAAGAACGAUGACAUUAUUGAUAUUAUUAGAGAAAUAGAAAACAAUCAUAUAAGACGUCAAGAAGAUAGAGAUAUUAGAAGAAAAGAGACAAAGCAUCCGAUCGAAACAUUUUUCCAAAGUAUGGGACAAACAACAAAAUCAAUGCCAACGUAUCUGCAAAAUAGAAUCAAAAAAAAGGUUUUAGAAAUUGUAUGUGAGGCGGAAGAAGAAUUCGAAACUUAUAACAUAGCUUCAAGUUACGGUUAUUCUACAUCAUCAGAAUCCACGCCCACACUAGCACAACCAAAUCAGUCUCCAUCAACCUAUCAACACUUAUAA